AUGGAUGUUUACAAGAGAAUUUUGAAACUCAAGCCUCGGUCAACCACCCCUACUGACCUACCCGUUAAGAUUUACAAAGAAUGUGCUCCUGAACUAGCCACUCCUCUCUGCUCAAUAAUAAAUGCAACUCUCUCUCAGUACUUAUGCCCUGUUGACUGGAAAACAUCAUUUGUCACACCCAUCCCUAAAACUGCCAGCCCACAAUCACUAAAUGACCUCAGGCCCGUUGCUAUCACACCCAUCUCUAGCCUCAUCUGUGAAGACUUUGUGUUUGACUGGGCAUACAACAAAAUCAGUUCCUUCUUAAACAUUCAGCAAUUUGGCAAUAUCAGAGCCACCUCCACCUCUCACUACCUAGUCAGCUUCCUUGAUUUCAUUCAUAGUCACCUGGACAAACGGAACACCUCUGUAGCAGUUGCUUUUGUAGACUUCAAGAAAGCUUCUGAUCUAGUUGACCACACUGUUGUCAUCAACAAAGCCAUCAAUCUGGGUCUUCCCUCUCACCUGACAGCAUGGCUGGCUGACUUCCUCACGGGAAGCCGGCAAGCUGUACGUUUUCAGAAACAGACAUCCUCUUACCAACAGCUAACGUGUGGCGUCCCUCAGGGCAUCAAGAUGGCUCCACUGUUUCCUGAUACUGAUUAA